AUGAAGAAGAGUGAAAAAUUCGAUUCUUUUAAAGACAAUGAAAAAGAAGAUUUGUAUUUGGAGAUAGGAAAGUUCAUGAAGCAUCAAAAGGCCAAGGGAGAAAAGCAAAUUGAUGAUGAGGAAGACGACAAAGAGGAAGAUGAUGAAGAGAAUGAUGAUGAAUAG